AGGCUCGGCGCGCGCCGCGGCGGUUUGCGGCGAGGGGCGCGCGGGAUGCGGGCGCUGGGGUCGCGGGCGCUGCGGGCCGGGCUGGCGCUGCUGGGCCUGGCGCUGCUGGCCCAGGGGCUGCGGAGCUGGGUCGCCUCCCGCCCCUUCGAGUUCCGGCCCGAGGAGAUCGCGGCGCUCGGCCGGCACCACGCGGGGUUGGACCAUGAGCAGGCCUUCUCCAAGAUCAUUGUGGAGCUGCGGAAGAAGCACCCAGGCCACAUCCUGCCGGAUGAGGACCUGCAGUGGGUGUUUGUCAACGCGGGCGGGUGGAUGGGCUCCAUGUGCCUGCUCCAUGCCUCGCUCACUGAGUAUGUGCUGCUCUUUGGGACGGCCAUCGACACCGGGGGGCACUCGGGUCGGUACUGGGCUGACAUUUACUACGCCAUCGUCUUAGGGACCUUCAGGCAGUGGAAGGAGGGGACGACCAGAAGUGAAAUCUAUUACCCAGGGGACACCAUAGCGCAGAAAUCUGGAGAGGUCACGGCUGUCCAGUGGAGUGCUGGCACCUGGAUGGUGGAGUAUGGCCGAGGCUUCAUCCCCCCCUCACUCAUAUUUGUGUUGAGCGACACCGUCUUCAGCACUCAGGACGUCGUCACCCUGUUCUCCACCCUCCGGAUUUGUGCCAAAGCCUUCCUUCUGGAAGCCAGUGCCUACUUCAGCCAGCUGGCCCAGUGAGGCUACCCUCCCCAAGCACCAACACAACCUCAAAGGAAGGGGUUCCCCUUUCCCAUCCCCCACCACUUCCUGCAGAUUGUACCAGAAAGGCAAUGGGCAGGAGCACUUCUGCCCCCGUGUGCAGGUGUGCCAGGUAGGCUGAACGUUCACUGUCUUGUCCGCCUGCCGCAGCGGGCGCUCAGCUGGGGGAGAAACAGGCAAUAACAGAUAAUGGAUAUACCUAGAUCACUAUUUUUUUAAUAUCCAAAUGUUCCUUUAUAUUUCUGUAACUAGACUGCAGCAACUGAGCUGCUGCCCACGUCUGUGUGUCCGUCCCCUCUGUCUGCAGCAGGCAACCCUAGCCUGCGUGUGCGUGAGAGACACCCGGGGCUCUGCAGCCAGCCACUCUCUGUUGCCUUUUGUUGCUGUCUCUCGUGCUCUCUGAAAGCCAGACACCUAUGAAAAACCAAUCGGGGGGAGGGGGAUGUGUGAUAUGGAUCAUUGUGUACAUACACACUCUGCACGUGAUAGAAACCAUUCCCAGCAGGUGUAUACCUAGCAUAGGGCCAGCUGCUGAGCUCACUCAUCCCCAGAUGAACCUGGAGUAACUGCAGUGGAGUAAAUGGGGUUCAGCUAGUUACUGAAGACUGUAGCAGGAAAGCCGCUGUUCCAAAUCUGUGGGCUGCUUUCCCCAUAGGGCCUUUCAGCUAGUUACUGAAGACUGUGGGCAGGAAAGCCGCUGUUCCAAAUCUGUGGGCUGCUUUCCCUAUAGGGCCUUACAGCUGUUACUUCUGGAGAAAUUCCGCACCACUGCGCAUGCACAGAAAUAUUGUCCUUCCGCAGCUUCUCUUUGCUUGGCUGCAGAACAAUGGUUUCUGUGGGGAAGCAAAGAGAAGCUGCACCAGUGCUCACUCACCCCUCCCCAGCAGGUGGGCGCAUGUGUUCAGGCACUCAAAGCAGCUGGGGGAGAGGUAAGUCACCACAGGGGGAGGGCAAGGGGGAGUCUGGGGAUGCCCUGGCCACCCAGGGACAUUAGUCCUGGCUGGGGGGCAGGGGAGGGAGGAGGAAAAAUCAAACCAAAAGCAGCCUUUUAAGCUUUUUUUCCCUGCAGUGUGCUCAUGGACAGAGAAGAGGAUCGCACGACCAAGAGUCAAUCAUGCUCUCCAUCAGAAAAUUAAAAAAAAAAAAAAAAAAAAAGAGGGAGCCCCACCCCCAGGAAAGCCACAAAACAAGCAGCAAGCAAAAUAGACACAAUAGCCUAACAGAACAAUUACACGAAGAAAGAAGCCAAAAUCUGCUUACUGUGAACGGGCUUGGCAACGGGAGGUGAGGCUUAGGGGAGGGGGUCCAGCUUUGUGGGAGUUGGGCAGAUGGGAAGCAGCUGCCUAUACAGUGACUCUCCCCCCACUUACUGGCCCUAUCGCUUCUCAGUCACAGGGAGAGGGGUCAUUAUAGGGGGAGCUCCUCUCUCUGUCUGCCUAACCCCCCUUGUAUCUGGAGCCCCUGCUAAGCCUCACCCACCCUGCACCUGGAAACCCCCGUGCAUCAGGAGCUCACCCACACCCCCAGAGCCUCACCCCCUGCAUCAGGACUCCGCACAGCUAGACCCCCCACCCCACUGAUCUCAACCAGGUGCGUCCUGACCCACACACUACCAUGCCCCUAGCACCCAGAUUCCUCCCCCCCCCCCCCACUGAGCCCUAACCACCUUCACCUGGACUCCCCUGGAGAGUGCUAUUCGCCCUGCACCAAGAACCCCUCCCCAAUGACUUGCUGUGGAUCCAGAUCCUCCCCCUCCUUCCCCCCACCAAGCUACCCGCACUGAGACUGCACCACACAGAACCUGGUGCUCUUGAGGGAAUUCUGCACCAAAAAAGUAAAAAAAAAAAUUAAA